AGGAGAGCCAAACGACGCUACGGCGGAAUAUUAUCACAUUAAAUUUCACUUUUACCCACUUUUAUGUUUUGCAAAGUAGUUCUCUCCACUUAAAUCGACUCUUGUGAAGGAUAUGAUGGAGGAAAUUUCAAAGAGCGCCUUCAUCCUGCUUUGCUGCCUGUUGCUCCAACCUGUGCUCUCGGUGCAGAAUCAGAUGUGUGACAUGGUGAAGGAGAUCGCCAAGGAGAGGGACAUGUGUCUGGCUCGGAUUGAGAACAAAACCACAGGCUGCAGUGGCAUGUGGGAUAAAAUCACCUGUUGGCCCAGUGCUGAUGUUGGAGAGGUGGUGACCAUUCCCUGCCCCAAGUAUCUCUUCUACUUCUCCAGGGACGCAACGACACGUAACCUGUCAAAAACGUGCUCAGAGGAUGGCUGGACUCCGGUCAGCUUUGACUCCUACAUACUGGACUGUGGAUACAAUCCCAACAGCACCAUGGAUGAAAAUACGGGAGAGUUCUUCGAUGCUAUCAAAGUGGGAUACACCAUCGGUCACAGUGUGUCACUCGUUUCUCUGACGAUCGCCAUCGUCAUACUCUGCCUCUUCCGGAAGUUGCACUGCACCAGAAACUACAUCCACAUGCACCUCUUCAUGGCUUUUAUUCUGAAGGCUGUGACUGUUUUCAUCAAAGACGUCAUCCUCUAUGAUGUCGGGGAGACAGAAAAUUGCCAGCCAACUGUUGGCUGUAAGGCAGUGUUGGUCUUCUUCCAUUACGGCAUCAUGGCGAGUUACUCCUGGCUGCUGGUGGAGGGUUUCUACCUUCACACGCUGUUGGCUGUUUCUUUCUUCUCUGAGAGGAAGUACUUCUGGUGGUACAUCCUGAUUGGUUGGGGGGCUCCGACCAUCUUUAUCUCAGCGUGGGUGAUCACAAAGGCUUAUUUAAACGAUCCUGGCUGCUGGGAUAUCAUUGAUGACAAGCCAUGGUGGAUCAUCAAAACCCCUAUUCUAGUCACAAUACUUGUGAACUUUUUCCUCUUCAUCUGUAUAAUCCGGAUUUUGCGGCAGAAGAUGAAUUGCCCCGACAUCGGAAGAAAGGAAUCCAAUCAGUACUCGAGACUGGCUAAAUCUACACUCCUGUUGAUACCUCUCUUUGGAAUAAAUUACAUAAUUUUUGCCUUCAUCCCUGAACACAUCCACCCGCAAGUGAGGAUGGUGUUUGAUCUUAUUCUGGGGUCAUUUCAGGGUUUUGUUGUUGCAGUCUUGUACUGCUUUCUUAACGGAGAGGUGCAGGCAGAGAUAAAGCGUAAGUGGCGCAGAUGGAUGCUGCAGAGGUUCCUCGGAGCUGGCACAAAGUACCAGCAGCCCUCCAUCGGCAGCAACGGCAACAACUUUAGCACCCAGAUCACCAUGUUGACCAAAUGCAGCCCCGCUACGCGGCGGGUGUCUGAGUGUCCGGAGCAUCUCUCUACCAUCUGAAAUCAUGUGAAAAGUUUAGUUUCCUCAUUUUUUUUACUGAAAGCAUGGAUCACAUGUGCAGUUGCAGUACAGAUAACUGGUUACUGAUGUUCAGUGUGAUAUUUUUAUCCUGGAGCAGAACAAGCUGGUCAGUGUUUUUGUAGCCUCUGGUGCACAGGCAUCUGAUUCACUUCUAAAACACAGAGCCUAUUCAGUGAGUGGGUUAAAUGUUUAACAUCUGUGACUAGUGUCUUAAAUACACAAAAGCAGAGCCAUUUUAAAUGGCUGUUCUCCUAGAAUAUUAAAUAUUCAGUGCUGAUAUACAGAAAGUUUGGACUACAAUCAGUAUGUUUACAUGCACAGUAAAGUCAAGCUACGGUUACUGUCCCAUGUACAUGCAAAUUGGGAGAAUACUUUUAUGGACAGGAGCAUGUCUGCCUACUACACUAGAUGUCGAUAUGUUCUCUAUCACUUUAUUUCUAUGGAACUAAAUUCCUGUUGCCCUUGCUAAAGUCUGAGGUAUACCUGCUGUUCACCUCACAUUCAUGAAUGUUUAAACCUGCAAGUUAUUAGCAAGAUUCUUUGUAAUACACUUGCCUGUGUGCGGCAUGUGUUACUGGACGAUACCACUAGAGGGUGCAGAAGAGCUACUGCUGCGUCUGAUGUGUAGGAUGUAAACUACAAGCAUGGUGACACUUAAGGAGAUUACUAUGAUGUUAACACUGAAAUUAGAACUCAAACAAUGUUAACAUCAAUAAUCAAAGGUUCCCAACUGAGUGAAACAACCCGGAAGUCAUGGAAUGGGCCAUUCAGAUUCUCCCACUGACAAGGAAUCUCCUUUAGCAUAGAAUUUAGUCGACCAUCCUUUACGAAUGGAGAGAGGAAAAGACGACCCAUAGGUCUUUAGGUCCCCUUCAUUUAAAGUGACAUACCUGUUGACCAUUCAUCAAAACAAGUCAUCAGUAGCUGCAUUUCCAUUACUCUUAGAAAUGCACAAAAUCUAAAUAGCGCAAUAAAAAACUGGUAAUGGAAACACCUGAAUUUCAAAAAUCUGUCAAAUAUCGCUAAAACACUCUCAUGAGGAGGUUUUUCAGACGUCAAUAUAGAAAUAUAUCACAAAAGGGCAAUGGAAACAAUUUUUUCCGCAUUUAUAAGUCACAAGAUGUGAUGUAUGGUGUCACAUGACCAGUUCACUCUGAGAUAACGUGGCAUACAUGUGGACAGAAGAGGAGACGAGACUUUUCUUAACAUCAUACUUAUACCUUUGUGCAUGGCUUUUUCCAUACAUAUGGACUUUGCCUCUGAACUAUCAUCCGUUGACUUCCUCCUUUGUUCAAAUUUAAGGCAAAUGUUGCAGGUGUAAUCAUGACCGUUCCAACACGCAACAGGUUUUGAGCAUCUAGCUUUCAUGCAGCAGAGUCUUGGGAGAUGAGAUUUUACGAGAAUUGCGAGGCUCAUGCCCAAAACUCCCUUCAUUGGAAGCACAUUCAAAGCGCAAUUUUACUUAGUCGAAAUUUAAUUUAAUGUAAUGAAAACCCAGCUAAUGUGACUGUAACGUUAACUUCGCUGAAUUAAACAAUACAUUUUUUGUCAAACUUAUGAUGAAUGUGAUAAACUGGAGGGAAUAAGGAUGAGCAGUGUGGUGAAGGUUAAUAAAUCACUACCGUUUCAAAGCAGAAUUUUUGAUGUUCAGAUGAUGCUAAAAUUGGCAUAUUGCCAUAUUAUGAUCUUUGUCUUUUUCAUCAUGAAUAAAAAAAGUAAGACAAAGAAAAUCUGUAACCACUGAAGGUUUCUUUUUGUGGUUUAAAGUGCUUCUCACAUAGCAAGAUGAAAUAAAGACGGAACCAGAGUAGGCUUAAAUAAUUAACAGAAUUAAAGAUAGAAUGGAUAGAUAGAGAAUAAAUAAAAACAAUUAGAUUAAUACCGUUACAAAAUAUAAGGACCUAUAUCAUUCAUCUACUCAUACUGACUGUGGAAAUGUUAUAAAAACCUUAAUGAGCUCAUAAUUAUACCCAUGAUUUUUACGUUUCUUUCACUGCAAUAAAAGCAGAAUGUACCGAGUGAGAGAUGCACAUUCUGUAGUCCAUCAAUAUUAAACUGUAGUUUUUACAGUAAACCCACCUCACAUCUGUAACAGCUGCUUAUGGUAAGUGCAGUGGGAUUCUCUUCAUACCACAGUUCAGUUAAGGCCAGCUCAAACUACAUGAUGUUUUUUGGUUGUUCACAAUAGCACUGUGUCAGACUAUGCAACUAAAAUCUUGUCCCAUCUUGGCCAACAGACAGGCCACACCAAAAGAGUGAUCCCAACCGCACAUCGUAUGCUGACAUCGCCACUGUCUCUGUGGCUGAGAGUUCACAGGUUGUCAGGUGGGCGAGUCAAAGACGGUCAGUCACUCUACAACAGAUCUCUUCUAUGUAACUGAAGCGGUCUUUUGCUAGUAAAAGAAGUAAACAAGAAACAAUUAUGGAGGUAUCAAGAGGAUGGAACUUAAGGUAUUCAUGUUAUAACAUGAAUAAAAUAAAAUGUAUAGGAGGGAGGAAAAAGUAGGGACUCUUGUAAAUAAUGAUGCAAAGAUAAAGACCAAAUGCUCCAGUCAGGAGUCACAUCGUUGACGUUGGUUCAGGGUGUCAAACUAGACGACAGUAUAAGAGAAAUUCUGACACGCUAGUCUUGUUGAGUCGUGGUCACAGGGCAAUGGGUGCAUCGUUUAUCAUGUCACACUACAAGAGUGUCGUUCCUGACAUGCAUAAUUGGGCCCGAGGUUUGACGAUGAGCUGUGAUGUUAAAGUCAGGCCAAGAUCUGGCUGAAUUCAUGUAGUCUGAGUCGGACUUUACUCACACCUUUCCUUAAUCCCUUUGAUGUUUUCAUUGGGGUUAAGGAAAAGUGGAUAAAAAAGGACUUAGGGAGUAAUUUUUUGGACUUUCUUUCUGUCACUGCUGUGAUCACUCUCCUCCGCUCCACACUGCCUCUAACACACAUGCAUACUGCAGCUUAUAACAGUGUAGUUUUUGAAGAUAUGCACAGCUGAAGCGUCAAACCAGAUAAGAGGACAUGUGGCAGCCAUGAUGCGUCCUCAUAUGCAUAGUUAACAGCAAGUAUAUCCCCAGCCUAAUAAUUCAGCAACAUAGCAAGCAGCAAACUACAUAGCAAACAAUAAAAACAUGGACGCAUUUUACAGCUUGGUACAUUUUGUGCAUAUUUUUCAUUGAACUUUGGCCACAUAUGCAAUGCACACCAUCCCUAUUGCAUAAAAAGAUAUCUAAAGCAUACAACAACACUUCUGCUAUGCUAAACAUUUAUGCUCAUUGAUUUCUGGAGAAAAGACAGUCUCAAACUGCAUAAGCAGUACGCCUAGACCAGUUUGGUUCUGAUACAGGUGUAAACAUGCAAGAGUGGAUCAGUUUCCAAAUGCCAGCUUCAUAUGAUUUAAUACAAAUUGAGUCAGACUAACAUGUUUAUAUGUGUUUUAAACAUCUAUUUCAGUACGGCUAACACAAUAGUUGACUUUAUCUAGCUUCAUGUAAGCAUACUGAAUGUAAAGCUGUUGUUCUGAGAGACCUGGGCUGGCUGCAGCCAAGUUGUGAAAACGAAUAUUCAGAAUCAGAUUUAAAAGAUGCAGAAGAAAAACUGAGAGGAAGGCCUCAUGAUUCUGUGACUCGAAGGAGAAAUGGAGCUCUAGUCUGUUUUUGAUCUGAUGUGGAGCAGUAGAUGAAUAGAGUGAGAGUUAAGCUGUGUCGUAUACAAAGAUGUUUAUUAAAAGGGUGUGUUACACAAGAGAGCUCGGAGCACUUAACCUAAUGGCCUGUGUUGCUUCAAGGCCAGUGGUUACAGCAUUAAUGACACUGUCAUGUUUUCACUGAGGAGGGGUCUAUAGUAUAACCAACACAGUGAACCUUUCUCUCCCGUCUUUGACAGCUUUAUACGGAGCAAACACUCCGCUGAAUUACAGCUGUAUCACAUUCCAGAGGAGACAAUAAAGCCUGCGCUUGUGAAAUUGAUCUCAGAUUACUGAAGCUUUUAGUUUGGUCUGAGAGCACGGUGCUCCUGCAGAUGUUCAUCCUGACUGUGUCUGCAGCUAAUGGAGCAAAUGUUUUCUGUUAUACGUCCACAAUACACAAGGUUGUCAAUUAUCACGUCAGCAGAGAUUGUCCUCAGUUAACUGGAUUGCGUGCACCGUUUAUUUCAUGUUGAUGUUUUUAUGUAUGGCAUUGUGUACUGUUCUAUAUUUGCAGAUGAGAUUAAUGUAUUUUAUGUGCCAUGCUGCUUUUUGGCUGUCUUGGCAGCACUCUUGAAACCACUUUAGUUGAGACUGAAAUAUCUCAAAACUUUAAGAUGGAUUACCAUUACUUUUUAGAGACAUUCAUGGUUCCCCAGAGGAAGAAUCUUUGUGACCCUAUGAGUUUUCCUCUGGCUCAUACAGUAGGUCAAAUUUUCCACUUAAACAUUUUUCAAAGAUGUUCAUUAUUCCCAGUAGAUGAGUCCUCAUGGCUCAGGUUGUCCCCUGACUUCUCUAUUUCUGUCACAUAGUUGACAUUUGAGGUUUUAAGGGAAAAAUCUCAAUGACUACUUGAUGGAUUGUGUUGAAAAUAAAUUCAGUGACUUUUAAUAAUUACAGUUGUACUUUUAAGAGAUAGUCUGAGUUUUGAAUUGGGGUUGUCUGAGGUACUUCAGGAAAAACAGUGUUUCUGUACAAAAGUGUAACGAUGUAGCACUGCAAACUGGGUCACAAGAAACCCAACGUAUGUCUGUAUGAUGUUAGAAAAGUUUAAGUUAGGGCUGUCAAGAUUAAUUGCAUUAAUCGGGAUUAACUACAAUCUACAAUUAGUGCACUAAUUUUUUUAAAUUCAGGACUAAUCGCAGGCUUUUUUGUCCUUUUCAACAAACUUUGGUUAAGCCACUACAGCACCUCCCUGCAGCCACAGUUAUAUAAAAUAAGUCCGACUACUCCUAAAAGGGACAUAUUGUGCAAAAAUCACUUUUUCAGGCUUGUAUAACAAAAUUACGUGCCCCUAGCCUGUCCACAAUCCCCUCAAGUAUCAGAAAAAUCCAUUCCCUCCCCCCUCUCUUUCUCCAGCUUUCAGAAAAUGUGUGCUGAAACGAGCUGUUCUCAGAUUUUCCCCUCAUGAUGUCAUGUGGGGAGUUAGCACCACCCCCAGGUUCUGUUGGCCCCCCCGCUUGGAAGUAAGUUCUGCCCUCUUCUCCUGAUCCUCCUCUCAGCGGUCAGCUGAAAGGAGGAUCAGGAGAGCCACAUCCAUACAGCCACAUCU